UAGCUCUUACCAAUAGAACUUCAUUGUUUUCAGUGAUCCACCAGAGUUAAUUAUGAGUAUCACGGCCUUGCUUGUUCUCAAGUGCACUCCCGAUACUCCAAACCCAGUUAUCCUCGCUCACGCAUUCGACUUCUCUGGAUUCAACUAUUUCUACCACCCUAACAUCUCAGAGUUCGUUCGCUUCUUCGGCAGUACUGUCGCUGGCAGAACCCUUCCUUCUCAGCGCCAAUCUGUUAAACACAAAGACGAAGUAGUGCAUGCUUACAACAGAAACGGCCUCUGCGCCGUGGGAUUCAUGGACGACUGUUAUCCUGUUCGAAGUGCUUUUUCUCUUCUCGAUCAGGUUCUUGAUGAGUACCAGAAGAUAUUUGGUGAGACAUGGAGGUCAACAAAAGAAGUCUCUAACCAGAAGUGGCCAUACUUAGUAGAAGCUUUAGAAAAAUUUAAGGACCCGGCGGAAGCUGAUAAGCUGUUGAAAAUACAGAUUGAGCUGGAUGAGACCAGUAUUAUCAUUCAUAAAACCAUUGAUGGUCUCCUAGCCCGAGGUGAAAAGCUGGACAAUUUAGUGGAGAAGAGUUCAGAUUUAAACAAGGCAUCAAAGGUAACAUUCCACCCUAAUAUACUUGCUAGUGUUUCUUUAGAAGAGUCCGAGGUUUUGGAGAUAGUUUUUUCUUUUUGCUAACAGUUGGAGAUAGUUUUUGACAUGAGAAAAUUGGUUUUAUGGUUUUUUUUUUUUGGAUGAUGAAACAGAUGUUUUACAAGCGAGCGAGGAAAACAAACUCAUGUUGUACAAUUCUCUGAAGCUGCAAUGCAACUCUUGCAUCUCCCUCUGCUAUAUAGAAUUAGGGAAAUGUGCAUUUACAUAAUAACUUAUACGACAAGGAAGAAGCUGUUCCUUGUCGGUUAUGAGAAUUUCAUAAGACAAGGAUAACGUGUUAUGGAAGUUAUGAACAAUUUAUGAUUUACUGUUCUCAGUGUUAAUUUAGUUUAUGUUUUUUUUUGUUAUGUGGCUAAUCUCUAUGAAUGCAUAUGUAUAAUGGAAUAUUCAGACAUACACAGCACAUAAAGAGACACUAAUUAUAUAGAAGAAUAAAUCUGAAGCACAUUAUUAAAUUGGUGGUUUAAUGGAAGUAAAGAGAGUACUACCUCCUUUCAUAAUUGUCACCCCAUACUUAAAAACUGCUCGUCCCUUCAAAUCAACCAACGUGCCAUUGUUGUGAAUGCGACGUUUUGACUUUUAACUUUGUGUCAGAGGAGGUACGAGUUGUGAGCAAAGCCGAUAACGACGCUAGUAGUUCGUAUUUGCAGUUAAUUUUUCUUUUUUGGGGGUGGGGUGGGGGGAGGCGCAUUGAAUCAUGUAAUGCGGGUUAGGAAACGGAACCAAUACAAACCAGCCCCAACCAAACAUAAGUAUAUUUCUAAAUCAUUUGGUUGAUGAUCUUGAACAAAUAGACUAAUGUGUUUAUUUAAUUAACUUAAUCCAAACUAGAGGUGUCAAAAUGAACUACCUCGCUCAACUCAGCUCAGCUCAUAGUGAGUUCGGCUUUUUCAUGAGGUAGCUCAGUUCAGCUCAUUUAUUAUAUGAAUUUCAAUAUGUAAACUCGAACUCAGAUCAUCUAGAUCAUGAGUUAAAUGAGUUAAAUCAUGAUCUAAAUAAAAAUAAUAAUUAUAAAAUAAAAUAGUGAUAUAAUAACUUCUAUAAUAUUGUUCAAAAAUUAAAUAUUAAAAAAUCCAAAACAUAAAUAUUAAAUACUAAAUAAAAACCAACACAUGACAAAAAAAAACAAUACCUAAUAUUAAUUAAA